UGGCGGACCUCCCCGGCGGCGCGGCCAUGGCGGACCUCCUCGGCGGCGCAGCCAUGGCGGGCGGCUCCUCCGCCGUGGGCGCCGGUAUCUACGCCGCGGGCGGCGGCCGCCACCACAUGGACCUCGGCGGCGGCUUCGCGAUGGCACCGCAUCCCCGGUGGCCUUCUUCUCUGCCGGAGGUGUGGGAAGACGGUGGAGACGGACAAGAGCUGCGUGUGUGCCGGCGGGCAGCAUCGUCGGGAGGGGAGCAGGAAAGAGGAUGGAGGCCGGGAGAAGGCUGGAAUGGAGAGUCAAGAUGGAGAAUCUGUUGGUUUACUCAGCUAUUUAGCUAGCUUUUUAUAUUACCUAGCCUUUUACCUCUUCAUUUAGCUAGAAUUUUUAACUAGUCUCUUGGAGUUGCUUUGCCUCCGACACGGCCGCCGCCUUGAACCGAGCCCGACUCCACCCGUCCGUCCACUCCGUCGUCCCCUCCGGCCCCCCUCCUCCUGGAAAGGUCGGAAGACUUCGGGAACAGGAGAUGGAAAUCAAGUUCAAUAAGUUGGAGGAGGAGGAGCGGAGAAUCUUUAGUAAGUGGGGCAAAAAACAUUCUGAAGAGGGUCUUUUGAAGGUUUUACCGCCGGCUAAGUUUGUCAAGUACAUAGCACCCAAUCUUCAGCCUCUCCAACACCGGCGAGGCCCCUCAUCUUCGAGAUUUAUCUCGUCCAGUCCAGUGAGUUAAGAGUGUAGCGUGAGGGAUUUAGUAGUCGGUGUUCGGGAGUGGGAGUUGGGGUUUGGGGAUUAGAGGAAGGCCUGGGAGGAAGGAGGUGGUUGUGGGUAAGGACGCGAGGGCACCGCUGUGGUGGAAGAUGACGCGAGGGCACCUCUGUGCACUAACCGCUAAGUGAUGGGUGGCUGGUUGGCUUGAAUUGAAGGGAAUCAUGAAGGAGACCGAUAAAAUAUGUGACUGGUUGAGCAAAAACAAUCAGCCUUUUGAUCCAUUUGACAUGGACUUGGAUAAUGAUUUUGAGUUGGGUCGCCAAGUUCGGGUCAGAACCCUGCACUUAAUGAUCAGCAUACUGGCAGAAUCCCCCUUUUCUGUUCCUGCUGCUGCUGGGCACAAACUUGUUAAGGAAAAAUCUUUUAGUGGACAUGUUCCUAGAAAUGAUGGGAAUGAUAUUACUCCUGCUGAAGCAGCAAACACUACAUGGGACAACUUAAAAGAUCAGAAAAAGAUCACUGGUGCAGAUAUUAGUAGGAAGAGGAGGGCGGAAGGUACGAACAAAGAAGCAAAUGACCAAGAACUUGGCAGCUGCCAAAGCAGAAGAAAGCUAAGCAAGACGGGCAGCUGCCACAACCUUGGACUUGGAGGUGACCCUGUAGUACCUCUUCGGCGGGGGUACCUCCUGGGGAGUUCGGAAGACAUUAGGGAAAACCAGAUGGUCUGUACCGACGAGGAUAGGAGGGCCUUCGAUUUUUCAUCCGAAGAUUUGGAAGUGGGCUGCGAUGCAGCACGGAUCAGGACUGUCAAGCUCGUAGAUGUGUUGGAAAGAACAUGUGGGUGGGACAGGCUGCUGCCAUUCAAGGGUUCUAUUGCCUGGUCUGACUAUUGCCACUACCUUCGGCAGUAUUACAAGUGCAAUGCCAAUUUUGUUGCUGAACUUACUGGCAGCUUGGUUGCUUCGGCCGAAGUUUGUCUCAAGAAGGAGGAGCAACUUGUGUCUUUGUGGAAGGCUCGCGUGGGGUAUUUCCCGAAUGAGAUAUGGUCUGUCAACUCUAUCAUUCAGAGUAACCUGAUCCAGGAGCGUGCAAGUUCAAUCAUAUGUGCUACAGGGGGCAAACAUUAUGUUGCUUCUACUAUUGCUUUUGCGUGUAUUACCAAGGAGGCUGACCUGAUGUCCGAGCUGCUGAAGCAUGGUGCUGGGCCUACUGAUGAUAUCAUCCAGCAGAGCAGUGUGAUCUGCAUGUGCGCCUUGAGCCUUGUGCACCUACAGGGGUUCCAUAUCUUUGAUGCCGCCGCCGCCAUGCUGGGCAUCACAAAAGAGUGUGAAUUGAUGUCUGAUUGGAUAAGAAAAGAGGAGAAGCUUAUCACCUUCGGCGUCUUCCAACGUCACGAGCUUGAAGAAUGCCGCUUGAUCCGCAGCAGAACCUUGGACGUUAUGCUCACCAUAAUGAAAGUUUUUUCCCCCUUCUUCCAAGAUGUGGCGUGAUCUAAUGGCUAAUAAGUAAUAACUAGAAACAAUGAUGGUGGCCAGCUCUGACACUUUUGUGUCUUGGUUAACUGCAGUACUAGUUUCGGAGUACAUGCAUGUUGGGCAUGCAUGGGUGCCAAUCUAUCGGUAGAUCGCCUUUCCGGAGCCGGCUCCGCUA